AUGACAAUAGGUGUAUUUUCUGAGUCUGAUCAUCAAUAGAAAAUAAUUUUGACUUUAGAAAGCAUUUUCAAUUAAGGUGCAAUAGAAUUUUUUAUCUCUCCUAUAUGGUGCAUAUAGUGA